GGCCCGCGCCCGCCGCGGCCUCAAGAGGCCCCAGGAGGCCCGGCCGGCGGCGGCGGCGGCGGCGGCGGCCAUGGCCGGUGGGCCGGGCCCGGGGGACCCCGCGGCCCCCGGCGCCCAGCACUUCUUGUACGAGGUGCCGCCCUGGGUCAUGUGCCGCUUCUACAAAGUGAUGGACGCGCUGGAGCCCGCCGACUGGUGCCAGUUCGCCGCCCUGAUCGUGCGCGACCAGACCGAGCUGCGGCUGUGCGAGCGCUCCGGGCAGCGCACGGCCAGCGUCCUGUGGCCCUGGAUCAACCGCAACGCCCGCGUGGCCGACCUCGUGAGCAUCCUCACGCACCUGCAGCUGCUCCGCGCCCGGGACAUCAUCACGGCCUGGCACCCGCCCGCCCCCCUCCUGCCCCCCAGCACCAGCGCCCCGAGGCCCAGCAGCCCCCCUGCGCCCUGUGAGGCCGACGUCCCCCGCCCCCGGAAGCUGCCGACGGCGUCGGCGUCCACACUCCCGUCCCCAGCUUUUCCAGGCUCCCAGACCCAUUCUGGGGCUGAGCUCGGUCCUGUCCACAGCCCUGGCAUCCUGCAGCCGCCACCGCCACGUCCAGCCCCUUCCUCUACCAAGCCCAGCGCAGAGAGCCCAGCGUCGCUCCUGCAGGGAGCCCACCCCUCUCCGUUCUGCUGGCCCCUCAGUGAGAUCUCCCAGGGCACCCACAACUUCUCGGACAAGCUGAAGAUCGGGGAGGGCGGCUUCGGCUGCGUGUACCGGGCGGUGAUGAGGAACACGCUGUACGCGGUGAAGAGGCUGAAGGAGGGGGCAGACCUGGAGUGGACCACAGUGAAGCAGAGCUUCCUGACCGAAGUGGAACAACUGUCACGGUUUCGUCACCCAAACAUUGUGGACUUUGCUGGCUACUGUGCCGAGAGUGGCUUCUACUGCCUCGUCUACGGCUUCCUGCCCAAUGGCUCCCUGGAAGACCGCCUGCACUUCCAGACCGAGGCCUGCGCCCCUCUCUCCUGGCCUCAGCGACUGAACAUCCUUCUGGGCACAGCACGGGCCAUUCAGUUUUUACAUCAGGACAGCCCCAGCCUCAUCCACGGAGACAUCAAAAGGCGACUGUGGGGUGCGGCGCUGGCCCGGGCCCACCCGACACCGCUCCUUCCCUCCGCAAGUUCCAACGUCCUCCUGGAUGACAGACUGAUGCCCAAACUGGGAGACUUUGGCCUGGCCCGUCUCAGCCGUUUUGCAGGGGCCAACCCCGGCCAGAGCAGCACAGUGGCCCGGACGCGGACGGUGCGCGGCACCCUGGCCUACCUGCCCGAGGAGUACGUCAAGACGGGGAGACUGGCCGUGGACACGGAUACCUUCAGCUUCGGCGUGGUUGUGCUGGAGACCCUGGCUGGCCAGAGGGCUGUGAGGACGCAGGGUGCCAAGACCAAGUAUCUGAAGGACCUGGUGGAAGAGGAGGCCGAGGAGGCCGGGGUGACCCUCAGAAGCACCCAGAGCACACUCCAAGCAGGCCUGGCCACGGAUGCCUGGGCCGCCCCGAUUGCCAGCCAGAUCUGUAAGAAGCACCUGGACCCCAGGCCCGGGCCGUGCCCGCCGGAGCUGGGCUUGGUCCUGGGCCAGCUGGCUUGCUGCUGCCUGCACCGCCGGGCCAAGAGGAGGCCCCCCAUGACCCAGGUGUACGAGCGUCUGGAGAAGCUGCAGGUGGCGGUGGCAGUGGCAGGAGCAGAGGCUGCCCACCACGGCCCCCCAUCCCCGCAGGAGAACUCGUACGUGUCCGUCCCCAGCAGCGGCGCCAGCCCACGGCAGCCCCUGGCGGCUCCGUCGGGAGCACCGGCCCAGGCCACGGAGUGGCUCCAGAAAGGCCCCAACCAGCCCGUGGAGAGUGACGAGAGUGUGUCCGGCCUGUCCGCCGCCCUGUGUUCCUGGCACAUGAGCCCCAGCUGCCCCCCGGGCCUGGCCUUGCCGGGCAGCCCUGCGCAGGGGGCCACCCUGGGGGCCGCGGCCCCCCUCGGGCAGGCCGGCAGUGCUCGGGGGGGCGCCAGCCAGGAGCCGAGCUGGGGCGGUGGCCCAGGGCCCCAGCUGACAGCUGUGGAAGGAUCACUGUUGAGCAGCUCCGCGUCAUCGCAGCCACCGCAGAUCGUCAUCAACCCGGCCCGACAGAAGAUGGUGCAGAAGCUGGCCUUGUACGAGGACGGGGUCCUGGACAGCCUGCAGCUGCUGUCCUCUAGCUCCCUCCCAGACCUAGGAGGGGAGCACCAGCACAGGCCGCGGCCCGAGGAGAGUGAUGAAUUCCAGAGCUGAUCUGCGCACCUGGCACAUUCCCUAAACCUGGAAGUCAAAGUUCUCAUAGUCGGAAGUUCUCAUGGCUCUCGAAUCCUCAGCAGCCCGUGGGCGGUGGGGGGUGGGGGCCGCCUCCUCACAGGGAGAGCAGGUGCUGGAGCCCCCCAGCUGCUCCAGGGGCGUGGGCACGGGCCGGGCUCGGAGCCACCCUGGCCGGCUGCUGGAAGCUGUCAGUAGGGCAGGACAGGUCGUAAGGCCCGCCGUCAUUCCAUCAUUUGGGGGACAGGAAAGCCGUGAUCGUCGGAGGGGUGCCGGGGUGUGGGAGGAAUGCACGUGUGGGGCUGUGGGCCGCCCGGCCGGGGAGGAGACGUGAGCGGGGUUGCCGGCGCGGGGCGGAGCAGGGAGCUGGCUCCCCCAAGAGCUGCGCGGGGCCCACCUUUGCCCUUCUCUUUGCACUUGGCCGGAGCCCUGGGGACAAGUGGCCGCUCUGUAGAGCAGAGCAAACGAGGCCCGGGGCCCUCCCGGCCCCUCAUAAUUUGGAAAAGUAAGGUGUGGCCAUCCCGUGGUUCAGCUCACCGGCUCGAGUGACAGUUGUAGGACACCACAGAGAGGCCAGCAGUGCCCCGUCCCCUCUCACCAGGCCACUGUCUGCGGGCUGCACCAGGGACCCGGGAGCUAAGGCUAACGUGACCGCCUGCUGGCCAGGCCACCCCUGGGUGCGCCCACCGACGGCCGCCAAGCCAGGGUAGGCCCCGGAGGCCACUGGCUCGGUGUCAGGCCCAGGCACUGAUUGUGACAGAGGAGCCACGACCCAAGGUGGGGCUAGGCCCAGACCUCGUGCUACCCAGACCGCGCGAAGUCCCAGGAAGUCGGGCAGGUGGAAAGCUGGAUGGGGCGGGGGGGGGGGGGGCAGGAAACAAGACGGGACUCACGCGUGCAAAGCAAGUCCACUUUUGUGCAAUUGAGCGUGUUCGAAGGUAGCACAGGCUUACGAUGAUUUCAUGUCCGCAGUCAUGAGUCACACUACAUGCCCACGAAGCUAGGCGUUGGUGAAGUCCAAGUUGUCCUAGAGGAAUAAAAGCUUACGUUUCAAUCUGCGGCUGUGCUUUUGGAGUUUGUUGCACUGAAAGGCCUGAGUGUUUCCGAUGCUUUUCAGCUCGGGGUCCUUAACCACGGGGCCCCAGCCACCCCCACCCGCACACAACUGAAAAAAAAAGUCCUCUGGAGGCUCUUGUUUCCACCCCCAUGUAUUUUACGGGCUUUGAUGCUAUGGUGAAUGGGAUCUUUAUUCCAUUUUCUUUCCUUCUUUCUGGGUAGGGGGGGCAGGAGGAGAGGGAGAGAGAGAGUCUUAAGCAGGCCCCGUGCCCAGCGCGUGAGCCCAACUCGAGGCUCGAUCUCACAACCCUGAGAUCGUGACCUGAGCCAAGAUCAAGAGUCCAACGCUCGACUGACUGAGCCACCCAGGUGCCCCUAUUUCAUUUUCUAAUUGAUCAUCGAUAGUUUCUGGAAAUGUAAUUGAGUUUUUAAAAUUUAUUUAUUUUUCUAUGAAGAUUUUAUUUAUUUGACGGACCACAAGUGGGGCGGGGGGGCGGCAGUCAGAGGGAGAAGCAGAGGCAGGCUCCCCGCAGAGUGGGGACGCCCAACAGGGCUCGAUCCCAGGACCAUGAGAUCAUGACAUGAGCAGAAGGCAGAUGCCUACCUGACUGAGCCACCCAGGCGCCCCUGCAACUGAGUUUUUAAUAACGGCUUUGCAUGCGGUAGCUUCCCUUAGAUUCCUUUGUUAGCUCCAGCAGGUUUUUGUUUUCAGGGUUUGGUGCCAAAAUCAAGGAAUGAACCAAGCUCUGGUGGUUUUUCACUUUUGUUUCUUUGGGUUUUGUUUGUUUGGGGUUAACACCUUGGAAUAGUUUACAUACACGGUCAUUUCUUCUGGAAAUAAAGGCAGUUACCACUUCUCCAAUCUGUAUGCCCUUCAGUUCUUUUUCUUGCUUUUUUUAAAUUAUUAUUCAUGAGGGACACAGAGAGAGGGACAGAGGCAGGGACACAGGCAGAGGGAGAAGCAGGCUCCAUGCAGGGAGCCCGACGUGGGACUCGAUCCCGGGACUCCAGGAUCAUGCCCUGGGCCAAAGGCAGGCGCCAAACCGCUGAGCCACCCAGGGAUCCCCCUUUUUCUUGCUUUAUAGCGAUGGCUAGAGCCUCUAACCAAAUGUUGACUAGAAGCGGUGAGAAUGCACAUCCUUGCCUUGUUCUCAAACUUGGAUGCAAAAUUGUCUUUCAUGCUGUCUUUCGCCAUUGCUAAUAUCUCUUGGGGAUUUUUGCAUCUGUGUCCAUGAGGGGUGUUGACCUACAGGUUUCUGGUAAUGUCUAUCUGGUUUUGGUAUCAGGGCCCCCAUGAAACAAAUUGGGAAUUUUUCCCUUCUCUUAUGUUCUUAUAGGACUUUUGUAUGCUUGGCAUCACUUUUAAUAUUUGAUGAGUUCACCAGUGAAGCCACUUCGAGUCGGAGUUUUCUUUGGGGGAAGAUGUUUAGUUACAAAUUCAGUACCUUUAGGGAUGCCUGCCUGGCUCAGUUGGUAGUGCAUGCAACUGUUGAUCCUGGUUCUAAGUUUGAGCCCCGUGUUCGGUUCAGAAACUAUGUAAAAAUAAAAAUUUUAAAGUAAAUUCUUUCA